UUCAAAAUUCUAACGGGAGGGGGGACAUCGUGCCGGCCUCAACUCUCUCCUGAUUUUGUAAUAAAAGAGACAGACAUGCACAACAAUCUUCUUCUAUUCUCUGUUUCUCUCGUCUCUCGUUCUCCUCUCCUCCUUCUCAACAACACUUUUCCUCCCUCUUCUCUCUAUCAGUUUCAUCUCUGUCGGUUUUUUGGCGGGAAAUGGCGUCGAAUUCUGCUUUCAGAUCUUCCCACCGUUCCGAAAGACCAAUCCCUCCUCCCCAGCCAUCAUCAUCUGCCUCGAGGCCGCGAUCUUCGAGGCCCGCUUCCACCAGACGCUCCGUCUUGUCAGCUUCCAGACCUUCUUCCCACUUCAACACCCACAACGAAGACGAUGCAGAUCCGGGAAGAGUUCGAGUAGCUGUCAGGCUUCGACCAAGGAAUGCAGAAGAUCUCUCGUCUGAUGCUGAUUUUGCUGAUUGUGUUGAAGUACAGCCAGAGUUGAACCGGCUUAAAUUAAAGAAGAACAAUUGGAGCUCUGAAGCAUUCAAGUUCGAUGAGGUCUUUACAGAAAGUGCUUCUCAGAAGCGUGUUUAUGAGGCAGUUGCAAAACCUGUAGUGGAGAGUGUAUUAGAUGGGUAUAACGGGACAGUGAUGGCUUACGGUCAAACAGGUACUGGGAAAACUUAUACUGUGGGUCGACUAGGCAAAGACGAUCCAUCUGAACGGGGAAUUAUGGUUAGAGCUUUAGAGGAUAUAAUUGCUGGCACCUCUCCUGCUUCGGAUACUGUGGCAAUCUCCUAUUUGCAGUUGUAUUUGGAAUCCAUACAAGAUUUACUUGCACCUGAAAAGAAUAAUAUUCCUAUUGUUGAGGACCCUAAGACUGGUGAAGUGUCCUUACCUGGUGUUUCAAUAAUUAAAGUUCGAGAUCUCGACCACUGUCUGCUACUACUGCAAAUUGGUGAAGCAAACCGCCAUGCAUCAAAUACAAAGCUGAAUACUGAAUCUUCACGUAGUCAUGCGAUUCUUAUGGUCUAUAUCCAAAAGCCUUCAAAAGGAAAAGUUGAAAAUGAGCUCUCUACUUUAGCAAACAGCACCGGAAAUGAUUUACCUGGUGGCGAUGGUGUACCUGUUGUUCUGAAAAGCAAGCUGCUGAUUGUUGAUUUAGCAGGAUCUGAAAGAAUAGACAAAUCAGGCAGCGAUGGGCACAUGUUUGAAGAGGCUAAGUUCAUUAAUCUUUCACUCACUUCCCUUGGAAAAUGUAUAAAUGCAUUAGCUGAAAACAGUCCUCAUAUUCCUACAAGAGAAUCGAAGCUUACAAGACUACUUCGUGACUCAUUUGGAGGAUCAGCAAGGACCUCACUUGUGGUAACAAUUUGGCCAUCUGUACGACAUCAUGCAGAAACAUCAAGCACAAUAAUGUUUGGACAGAGAGCUAUGAAAGUAGUAAACACGAUCAGGCUUAAAGAAGAAUUUGAUUAUGAAAGUCAAUGUCGAAAACUAGAAUGUCAUGUUGACUAUCUUACUGCGGAAAUUGAGAGACAGCAAAAGUUGAGAGAGACUGACAAAGAAGAGAUGGAGAAGAAGGUUGAAGAGUGUCAAAACUCCUUAGUGGAAGCAGAAAAGAGUUUUGCAGCAAAGUCUGAGUCAUUAGAGAAAGAGAACAUCUGCUUGGGAUUGGAGAUAAAAACUAUGCUGGAUGAGUUAAAUCUCCAAAAAGAUCAAAGCGAUCAUAUGUGUGAUGAACUUGCACGCUUAGAAAUGAGUUUAAGACAAACCGAGCAGAACCAACUUGAUACUUUCACGUAUCAGAAGGUACUUGCAGACACUACUCAGAUGUAUGAGAAGAAAAUUGCAGAGUUGCUUCAACGAAUAGAAGAUGAGCAUUCUCGUUCUGAAAGUGCACAAGAAGAACUGUCUGAAGUGAAGAUACUCUUAAGUGACCAUCAAAGAUCACUGCAGAUUAAAGGGCAAAAGGAGAUCAAUGAUCUUGAAUUGAAGUUACAAGAGAUGCAUCAGCUGCAUAAGAAGGCUGUAAAUGAACUUGAGUCUUUAAAAACAGAAAAUGAAGAGUUAUUAUCAGGAAAGGAAAUGCUAUAUGAAGAACUUCGAACUGCACUAAAAAGACUCUCAGAUGAAGAAAAGCAAAGAAAGUGUCUAGAGGAUGAGAUUGUCAACCUUAAGAAGCCUGUGGCAGAGAACAACUUUGAUGUGGAGGCUAAAAAAUCAUAUAUGAAAGAAAAUUCUGGCAGAGUAAAUUCAGGGCACAUGAGUUUACUUUACUCCAAUCAAUCAAGAGAGACUUUAUCUGGUCACAAGGGCACUAUUGCGAAGAUAUUUGAAGAAGUUGGUCUUCAAAAGAUGUUAUCUUUAUUAAGAUCUGAAGAUUUGGAUGUUCAAAUCCAUGCCGCGAAGGUGGUAGCCAACCUUGCUGCUGAAGACAUAAACCAGGAAAAGAUUGUUGAGGAAGGAGGUUUAGAUUCACUUCUCAUGCUUUUGGGGUCAUCAGGGAAUGCAACAAUUCAGCGAGUUGCUUCGGGGGCUAUUGCCAACUUGGCAAUGAAUGAGAUGAAUCAAGGCUUAAUAAUGAGCAAAGGAGGUGCACGACUAUUAGCAAAUGUAGCAUCCAAAACAGAUGAUCCUCAAACUCUUCGGAUGGUGGCUGGAGCAAUUGCAAAUUUAUGUGGAAAUGAAAAGUUACAUGUUAUGUUGAAAGAAGAUGGUGGCACCAAGGCACUCUUGGGAAUGGUUGGAUGUGGGCACCUCGACGUCAUAGCACAAAUUGCUAGAGGGAUGGCGAACUUUGCAAAAUGUGAAUCACGAGGAAUCAAGCAAGGACACAAGAAAGGGAGGUCAUUUCUUAUCGAGGAUGGCGCACUUACUUGGAUGAUUGCUAAUUGUUCUACUACCCCUUCUUCUUCUCGACGCCAUAUUGAGCUUGCUCUUUGCCAUCUGGCACAAAACAAGGAUAAUGCUCAGGAUUUCAUAUCCAGUGGGGCACUCGAGGAACUCAUUCGUAUAUCACGUGAAUCUUCCCGAGAAGAUAUACGUAACCUUGCGAGGAAGUCACUCAACAUGAACCCAACAUUUCUAGAGGAGAUGCAAAGAGCCUGACACAAUGCUGGUAUUAACUUACCACCACCCAUCCUUUUUGUUAUUAGCUAUCAUAGGUUGGAUAUUGCGUGAUGAAGAGAUAUUCCUGGCAGAGAUGCACCGAUACUCAGUUGCCUCAGUUCGUGCAAGUGGGGCCCAUAGUACAGUGAUGCAGACUGUUCGUCUGUUGGAUCUCACCGUGAAUGUAUCAUCCACCUAUAGUUUCCUUGAUAGGGGAAACUCUAACUUUCAAUUUGUGGCCUGCAAACAGGCAGUUACGAGAGACAUAUGGUCUGGAUAAUUGAACUAUCAGACCCACUUUUACAAACUGAAAACCUGAAUAUAACGCAUAUCCUCUUCCCGAGGAUCCUGUUUCCACCAUGUUAGCAAUGUUCUUCGCACGGUGGAUCCUUUUUGUAAUCAAACCUUUUCAUUUUCUAGUGUAUGUCUAGACACGGAUCCAAUAUGUAUUUAUCUUCCCUUAUGAGGAAACAAAAAAGACAAUCCAAUGAAUAUAUCAUGAUAUCUUUUGAA